AUGACAUCAGGGGAGCCAAAAUUAGUCUGCAAGCACUGUCACCAAGUUUUCAAUCAUCCAACAAUCAAAAACUCUGGUACAAGUGCUAUGCAACGACACCUCGCUGCAAAGUCUUGUAAGACUCGACGUUUAGGCGCAAACCAGGUGCCUGGUACCCAAUUGAAAGCAGUCUCGGAGCAUCAAGCAUUAGUUUACUGUAUUGUUGGAUCCAACUUAGCGCUUAAUACUGUUGACAACUUAAGUUUCCGGCAAUUCUGUUCACACCUGAAUCCUCUCUACCACCUCCCAUCUCGAAAGACGCUCCGAAGCUGGAUAUCCGAGGAGGCCUUACGCAUUCAACACCAUACUCUUCAGCUAAUUCCGCCUGGUAGCUAUGUCUCUCUGAUGAUUGAUAUCUGGAGUACACCUGGGUUAAAAUAUUCACUGCUUGGUGUUUUAUGCCAUUUUAUCGACAAGCACUGGAGGUUACAACAGGUUCUUCUUGGUGCUAUUGAUAUGACAGAUGGUCAUACAGCCUCUAAGCAAGCAACGGCUUUAUCGACUCUGUUAGAAAAUAUUCGCCAGAGGACGAAGAAGACAAUUCGAUUUCAGACAGUCUCUGCAGACAACGCAAGUUCUUUUAAGCCAAAAGUCCUAGCACAAGAACUUGCAAAAGGGUCGACAUCCACAGUACAGCCGAUAUAUCAUAUUCGCUGUUUAGCCCAUAUUUUCAACCUUGUUGUUCGAGCGAUUUUUGAGGCUCUUCGAAUUUCGAUGGUAGAAGCCUCUACAGAGUUUGAGCCUUCUACUACUCGAGCUAAAGAUCAAGAGGACUCUGACGAUGAUUUUGAUACUGAAGAUUCUACUGCUGGGGAAAAUCCUUUUGGAGCUGUUAUUCAAAAGAUUCGUGACCUCGCAGUUUCCCUUAAGCUUUCUAGUAAGAAGACGCAAGAGUUUCUCGACCUCCAGAAAUCGACUCGCAUUGGCCAGCGACCACUACGCCUCCUCCGCGAUGUUAAGACAAGGUGGAACUCUACUACACUUAUGUGUCUCCGCGCAAGAGAGCUUAAAACAACGAUUUCAGCUUGGGUUGAAAAGCACUCUCUACAGGAACAAUUCUCUCUUGUGGAGACCGAUUGGGAGGCUCUUGAUAUUCUGCUUGAUAUCACCAGCCCGUUUUUACUCUUUACAAACAUCCUCAGCCGGUUAAAUGACCUUACCCCUGGUCAUACCUUUACUUUAUUACAAGUUGCAACAGUUCACUUGUACUUUUGCGCCUCUGCACUUAAAGAUAAAGUUACUAGCAAAGACUUUACUUGGAUAUCAAUCCUUCAGGCUGCUACGAAAAAGGGCUAA